UCCCCCGCCAGGCCGCCACCUCGCCGCGCGCAUGGACCACGCGCCGCCGCCGCCGGACCCCGGCAGCUGCCUUGAGGUCCGCCUCUUCUACGUGCGCCUCUCGCCGCACGGCGGCGCGGCCCCUCCCCCUCGCCUCGCGCUCGAGCUCCGCCCGGCCGCGGGCGGCGAGGCCAUCCACCUCGCGCUCCGCCUCGACCGCCACGACGCCGCCUCCGGGGAGGCCACCUACGUCUCCACCGCGGCCGCGCGGCUGGCCCCGCCCGCCGCGGCCUUCGAGGUCGCCGACCACCGCGGCGCCGCGCUCCUCCGCGGCUCCCUCCGGCGGUGCUGCCCCGACGCCAAGGCCGCCGAUUCCCCCGCCUGGGAAAUCAAUUGCGUCCCCGCCGCUGGGGCGGCCGCCUCGGCCUCGGCCUUCGAGGUAUAUGUUGCCGGGUGCUGCGCCGGCGAGCCCGCGGUGCUCACGCGCGCCCUGCGGCUCGCCACACCUGAGGAAGCUGCCGGUGGGUUGGUUCGCCGCCGGCCGGGGGCAUUGACGGCUGCAGGCAAUGAAGGUGACAAUGAUAUGAACACUAGCAGCAUGCAAUACCCCGAAGGUUGGUACUCCGAUGACGAUGAUGGGCAGCUCUCAUGGUUCAACGCUGGUGUUCGAGUCGGCGUGGGGAUUGGGCUGGGGGUCUGUGUUGGUGUUGGCAUCGGCGUCGGGCUCCUCAUGCGCUCGUACCAAGCAACGACCAGAAGCUUGAAGAGGCGGUUCUUCUGACAGUUUCGCAACUGAUACCACGGCCUCAUAUGGCCAGCAGACCUUUGCGUCCCACGGAGAAAGAACGCCGCUGUAUAGUUCGUUCAUGUGUUGUCUGUGUAGGAAGAAAUGUGUUUCUGUGGUUGUGAAGUUUUGGAGUCCUGUACAUCGCCCUCACUGCCGAGUUUAUAAACUGUGAAGGUGCUCGUUGGACUUGUGAAGAAAAUGGGUUUCAACUUCGAGCAGAGGGCAGCUGCGCGGGUUGCGACUCGCAACCUUCUUCGCAGCUGAGAAUUUGUUAAAUUCCUCCAUGUACAUACAAAGAAAUGUGGACUUUAAUCAAAACUUGUUGAAGGCAGGAUUUCUUU